CGUAUUCUGUGUGACAAACCUCCUUUGUCAACACCCUAUUUCCUCCUAGGGGCUGCAGACGAAAACAAACAAAACAGAAGACAAAGCCGACUGUUUUUCUCUUUUCCCAAUAGAAAUUUGAGUCUUUUAUGCAAAAUGUUCAAAAAAUUUGAAGAAAAAGAGAGCGUGUCUGGGGUGCAGCAGCUGAAAUCGUCCGUUCAAAAAGCCAUCAGGGCGAAAAUACAAGAGCAGUAUCCUUCACUUGUAGAUGGAAAUUAUAUGGACAAUAUUCUGCCAAAGAAAGAUGCCUUUCGAAUUGUCAAAUGCCACGAUCACAUUGAAAUAAUUGUGGCAUCGUCAGGAGAACUUCUGUUUUUCCGUCACAGAGAAGGACCCUGGGUGCCAACAUUAAAGCUUUUGCACAAAUAUCCUUUUUGUUUGCCGUGGCAACAAGUUGACAAAGGCGCCAUCAGAUUUGUCCUGAGUGGUGCCAACAUCAUGUGUCCUGGUUUGACUUCUCCGGGAGCGAAAAUGACCUCUGCUGAUAAAGGAACUGUGGUCGCAAUUAUGGCUGAAGGAAAGCAACACGCACUUGCAGUCGGAAUAACGUCUCUCUCCACACAAGAAAUAGCUAGCGUCAACAAAGGAAUUGGCGUGGAAAAUUAUCACUACCUUAAUGAUGGGCUGUGGCAGAUGAAACCGGUGAAGUAACUUUGUAUUUUUAACACUGUCUAAAUAAAUCUGGAUUUACU